GCUGUAAAGCCGACGGGGAGCUGCAGUUCAGCUGAUGAUUCUCUUGGAGGGCAGACAGGCGGCAUGACAGAGGAGAAAUGUCCCCAGCUGGUGGACUACUUUGUAGUGGCAGGUCUCGACCCUGCAGGGCCCUGGAGGCCCCUGGAUGAGGAUGGCAAGGCCUCCAUCACCUCCUCGUCCUCGACGUCCUCCUCCUCCUCGUCCUCCUCGUCCUCUUCGGGCCGGGCGGUGGAGCCCGUGACGGACCUGGCGGUGAUCGCCAAGGGGCUCGGGGAGGAGGUGCCGGAGGGCUUCACCUGCAUCGAGAGGACGCUGGGCGGACACUCGGCCGAGUUGAGCGCCGGACUCAUCAACAACCCGCACCUGUUCCUGUGCUACCGCCGGGGACGGGACAAACCGCCCAUUCUGGACCUGGGGGUUCUGUACGAGGGGAAGGAGCAGCUGAAGCAGGGCUGGUACGUCAUCGAGACGACUCCCUACAGCCGCUCGGCCAGCCUGAGCACUGGCGGCGCUCCGACGGCUCACCGGGUUUUCCUGACGUACCGUCGGGCUCUGGACUCGCAGGGUCUCCACACACUGGGCGUCACCGACAUCGCCCUGCUGCUGCCCAGCAAAGGGGAGGUCGCCCCGCACACGUUCUGUCGCGUCGACAAGAACCUCAACACUGGCAUGUGGGGUCCAGCCCUGUACGUGUGCUACAAAAGAGCUGUGGCCAAAGCCAACGCCCUGGUCUACGAAGCCAGUCUGAUCAGCCGGUACCCGGAGGAGGACCUGGAGGCGUUUCCUCUGCCCGAGUCGGUGCCAGUCUUCUGUCUUCCGAUGGGCGUCACCGUGGAGAGCUGGCCCCUGAACACAAAGUACCAGCUGCCCGUCUUCUCCACCUUCGUCCUCACAUCCGCCUCCGGGGACAAGGUUUACGGAGCAGCCAUCCAGUUCUACGAGUCCUUCCCCCGGGAGCUGCUGUCGGAGCGGCAGAGCGUCCGGCUCGGUCUGCUCAGCGUGGUCGACCGGCGGCCCAUCACCAACCGCAGCCUGCAGGUGAAGAAGAGCAUCUGCGUCCUCUCCCACUGGCCCUUCUUCACCGUCUUCCAGAAGUUCCUCACCUUCAUCUACAGAUACUCCAUCUCCGGACCACAUGUCCUGCCGCUGGAAAAACACAUCUCCAGCUUCAUGCACAACGUCCCGUUUCCUUCCCCUCAGCGACCUCGCAUCCUCGUUCAGCUCUCUCCAUACGACAACCUGCUGCUCUGCCAGCCGGUCUCCUCUCCUCUCCCUCUCAGUGGAGCGAGCUUCCUGAAGCUGCUGCAGAACCUCGGGCCAGAAAACGCCUGCACGCUGCUGCUCGCCGUCCUCACCGAACACAAGCUGCUGCUGCACUCGCUCCGACCCGACGUCCUCACCUCCGUCAGCGAGGCCCUCGUCUCGAUGAGCUUCCCCCUGCGCUGGAUCUGUCCCUACAUCCCUCUGUGUCCGCUGCAGAUGGCCGACGUGCUGCUGGCGCCGAUGCCCUUCAUCGUGGGCGUCCACUCCAGCUACUUCGACCUGUACGACCCCCCCACGGACGUGGUGUGCGUCGACCUGGACACCAACACCAUCUUCCAGUCAGAGGAUAAGAAGCCGCUGUCGUGGCGAUCGCUACCCAGGAAACACGGCAAGACUCUGUUCAACACCCUCACCAACCUCCACAAGACCCUGGAGAAGAUUUGCACUCCCGGCCAGGAGGAGGCGACGUUAGAGUUCCUGCUGACCGACUACGAUCAGAUCUACCGGCGUCAGAAACAGCUGGAGCUGGAGAUCCAGGAGGUGUUUCUGCGCUUCAUGAGCUGCCUGCUGCGAGGAUACCGAACCUUCCUGCUGCCCAUCACGCAGGCUCCGUCGGACACCACCACCGACUGCAGUUCCCUGUUCAACCUGCAGGGUUUCCUGAAGUCUCGGGAUCGGACGCAGCAGAAGUUUUACAGCCAGCUGACGAAGACUCAGAUGUUCACUCAGUUUAUCGAGGAGUGCUCCUUCGUCAGCGACCGUCACGCCUGCCUCGAGUUCUUCGACGAGUGCGUCCAGAAGGUGGACGUGGAGAAGCCGGAGGAGGUGAGGCUGAUCGAUCUGGAUGAGACUCACAGUGGAGAACACACAGUCUUCAUCAUGCCUCCUGAGGAACCACAGGAACCUGACGGCUCAGAGUGUCCCGCCCUCUACAGCUAUGAGACCUUCCCCACCCUGAAGCCAGAGCUCUUCGACCAGCCUCAGGACCAGCUCCGUGUCCCAGCUAAAGGCAGCGCCCCCGACAGCCCCGCCCCUCGACGCACAAAACAGGAGAUUAAGUUGGCCCAGAAGCGAGCUCAGAAGUACUCAGCGGUCCCAGACAUGUGGUCCAAAUGCCUGCUGGGUCACUGUUACGGCCUCUGGUUCAUCUACCUGCCCACGUUUGUCCGGGCGGAAAGCGCCAAGGUCCGCGCCCUGCACACGGCCUACGACGUCCUCAAACACAUGGAGAACCGCAAGGUGGUGCUGCCAGACGAGGUGUGUUACCGGAUCCUGAUGCAGCUGUGCGGUCAGUACGGUCAGCCGGUCCUCGCCGUCCGAGUCCUGCUGGAGAUGAAGAAGGCGGGAAUCACACCCAACACCAUCACCUAUGGAUACUACAACAAGGCAGUGCUGGAGAGCAAGUGGCCGUCCACCAAUCAGGGUGGACGUCUCCGCUGGGCCAAGCUGAGGAACGUCCUGUUGGCCGUGGCCCAGUUCAGACAGCCAAUCAAACGGCGUCAGAAGAGCGGCUCGGUGGGGUCGCGGGGAGAGCUGAUGGUGGACGCCGAUCAGAGGCCACGCCCCCACUCUAACCUGGUUCGUCAGUCCAGUUGGAGCGGUCUGUCUGAAAGCUCCAGUCACGAGUCUCUGACCGGCCCGCUGGUGAAGAGCAACAGUCUGAACAGCAUGAAGACGUCCAGCGACAAGGUCAAACUCGGUAAGAAGGCCGUCCUCCGUAACACCGGGACCAACGGCUGCGGCGACGCCGUCUCCCGUAAACCCCCGCUGGGACUCAGAGACACCUCCACCCCGCCUCCAGCUGCUCCCAGUGCUGGUGGCGGCGUUCUGGUCCGGCGGAGUCAGGUCUGCCUCUCUACCUUCUACAAAGAGUGUGCAGAGUCGGCUGACUCGGAGCCGGACUGUAGCUGUCAGCCUGCAGAGAGAGACGGCAGACCUGCGGGGGUUCGAGACUCGGCCGGCAGGAACAAAGCCGUAGACGAGAACGACAACAACGUCUCGUCCCCGAGCCGAGGAGGUCUGGCGGGGAAGCUCCAGCAGCUCCUCACCCCGACCAGGCACCGAGUGUCGGUACGACGAGCAGCCAGCGUGGACGACCGGCGGCCGGGAGGAGGAGGAGGAGGGGUUGGAAGAAGAGUGUCGGAGCAGAGACAGUCGAGGAAAGCUCAAGUGGCUGAAACCCUGCUGAAAGCUAAGGACAGGCUGGUCAGCGCUACCUCAGAGAGUUCGUUGUCUGUAGGAAGUGACCUGGACCUGACGGACACGCCCAGCCCGGCGUAUCCUCUGCGCAGGUCCUGGGACGCCAACCAGGAGGGGGCGGGGCUGGAGGUGUUGAUGUCCAGCUGCUCUCUGUGUCGCAGCUGUAACUCGCUGGUUUACGACGAGGAGAUCAUGGCCGGCUGGACGUCCGACGACUCCAACCUCAACUCGUCCUGCCCGUUCUGCUGCGCCUCCUUCGUCCCCUUCCUGAACGCAGAGAUCUGUGACCUCGGACCCAUCAGCAGUGUGGAGCGCAGCAACUGGAAUGUGGAGGACGAGGUGGAGAGUGCAGUGAGGCCCCCCAGUGUUCACGAGGCGUCGCUGCGACCUCAGUGUAACGGUCUGAGUGAGGACUCCAGCUCUGAGACCAGCAGCUACUCAGAGAACAGCAGAACCACCACGGGUUCGUCAGUGGGCGGGGCUCCUCAGGUGACGGUGGCCUACCUGAGCCCUCUGGUUCUGAGGAAGGAGCUGGAGAGUCUGCUGGAGAACGAGGGCGAGGCGGUGCUGGCUCAGCCUCAGUUCCUCGACAGUCACUCCAUCAUCUUCUGGAACCUGGUCUGGUACUUCCAGCGCCUCGGCCUCCCCAGUAACCUGCUGCAGCUGGUCCGAGCGUCGCCGCUGGUCAGCCAGUUCACACAGUCGGAGAGCUCGGCGGUGAGGGUGAGGCUCCUCUGGGACACCCUGACCCCCGACACAGACCAGUGGCCCCCCCUCUACAUCCUCUGGAGGAUCCACAGCGGCGUCCCGAUGAGAAGCUACAGCUGGAGGAGACACAACCACCCGUUCACCCUGUCCUUCCUGGAGGAGGUGCUGCGGUGGGUCGGCAUGAACGAGGUGCACAAAGCCGUCACGCUCUUCCUGGACACGCUGGCCAAACAGCCGGGAUCUCCCAGAAUCCAGAGGAGCUUGUACAGAGAGUUCCUCUUCCUCACUCUGGCAGCUAUGGGCAAAGACCACGUCGCUGCGUUCGAUAAGAAGUACAAGGCGGCGUACUCUCGGCUCAGCAGCACUCUGGGUCGCGAGGAGCUCCGGAAGAAGCGAGCUCAGCCUCCCAGCCCCAAAGCCGUCGACUGCAGACGAAGCUUCCACCCGCCUCUCGAAUGCUGAUCGACCCAGGAACUGAACAUCCCACGCCGCCGCCGCCGCCGGCUCCUGCAGCGCUCAGCCCUCAGAGCGGGAACACCCAGGAUCCCUGCUGCCUUCACCUGCUCGUCUUCUUCGCCUCUCUGCUGCCUCCUGGUGGACGUCAGAGCGUCGCACUCCUUCCUGUUCCUCCCUUGUUUGCCUCGUCAGGUGUGAAUCCAGCUGCUCUUCGUCUCCAUUAAAGAUCCCGAGCGUCGAUCCAGCAGCAGCAGCAGAACGAGGGCGGAACAAACUGCGGCGAUCUAUGCAUCAGUCUGAAACCUGCAGCCGUCUGAAGGCAGGAAAACGUUUGGAAUCUCGGGUUCGUGCAUGUCCAGAGGGAUCAGCUGUGUUGGUGUACACUUAUUUUUUCCCCUUGUGUUAAAAUACACUCACUGCUGGCUGAGGACUGGUAGUGGGAGAGUUUUAGAGUUACAGGGUGUCAGAUAAACCUUCAGCAGAGCGAUCGAGACGGACGUUUAGGGUUUUAUUGGUCAAAUACAGAUUAAAAGGGGCAGUGCCAACGUUUAGAAAACACUCCAAACACAACCUACGAAGAAGCUUCAGACUUCAAGACGACUUCAAACUCCUCUUAUCAUCGCUUUGUCUGUGUGUGUGUGUGUGUGUGUGUGUGUGUGUGUGUGUGUGUGGUUUGGAUUUUAAAAGGGAAAAAGGUUCGAGAAGCAGCGAGAAGAAAUAAGAAGAAGCCGAGUCUCACGGAAACUUUCCGAUGGUCAGCUCAGUGUGAAGCUGCCGAGCGUUUGGAAAGAGUUGAAUCUCUCACUUCAGAAUAGUUAAAGAAGCAGUUUCUAAAAAGAAGAAGAAGAAGAUGAUGAACUCUCUCUCAAACUUCUGAUCGUCUGCUGGUUGAGAAUCUUCUGUCCCUCAGUUUUUAUAACUCAUUCUGACGCCUCAGAGUUAACUCAUCCUUCAGAUCAGGAAAUGAACCAAACAGGAGGCUGAAGAGGAUCCUUCAGGAUCAUCCAGAACACCAGCUCUCUGAAUGAUGUUCAGUUAAUAAGUUCAUCUUUCCCAGUUUGUUUCAAACCUUUCUUUAGCUUGUGAGCCCUUCAAAUAAGCCAGUGUCCUCUAAACAUCCUGAACUGUUUCAUUCACAUCGUUAGAAAUCUGGUCCUCGUAGACCAGAAUCAGAGAUGGUUUCUUCUUCUUCUUCUUCUUUAAACGACGACCAGAGAAACGUCAGGAGAGACGAUGAAAACCAGCGUUCCUGAGACGACUGAUCCAGAUUCCUGAGAGGGAUCAGGACGGGUCCAGUGAAGGAGCUCUCCUCAUCUGUGCUUGGAUCUGGAUCUUCUUCAGGACCUGGUGGAUCCACCUGCUCACCUCUGUUUUCCCUCUGUCAUCAGGACUGACUGGAGAAGGAUCAUGUCUGGAUUUAUCUUCUCGUUUCAGAAAUGUCGUGGACGCUGGGAUGACAGAGUCUUAAAGAACCUGCAGCAAAACGUCUUCUGUUUAAUGUAAUAACUCACUGCUCUGACCACUGACCUCUGUCUAAUAAUGUCAAACCUGUAUGAUAAUAAAGUGUAGAUAGAGUUAUUUAUGACUUAAAGCCAGAGUUAGAGGGAUGAAGUGAUGUGACUUGUUCCAUUAAACAGAAGCUCAGUCGUUCUCAGCUGAAACAGAGACGAGGAUUUUGGUCCCUGAAGGUUUUAAUUUGUUGUUUUGAAAGGGAAUUUAAGGAGGGAUUUAAUGGACGAUUUAAAACCAUGUUCUCAGCUCAGUGUGUCUGGUUUGGGACGAGACAUUUCUUUAAAGAUCAUGAAGUCAUGACGCUUUAGUUCUUUUUUUUCACGAGUCUGAAGAGUUUUCUUUGUAAUUUCCUUUUUUAUUGAGAUUUAAAGAGACAACGAAUAUUAUCUACACGAAGAAGGAAAAAACAAAACAAAAGAAACAUAAAUAAUCAGGGAGUAAAGACUGAAGUUUGGUUUAAAGGGUGAGACGUCAGAAAUAGAUUUUGUUCCAGUCACAAAACUGGAAACAAAAAAACUUCAUCAUGACACUUUAGUUUUCUUUCUAAUCUUGUUUUUCUUGACAUUUAAAGAGAGAGUGUGAAUAUUUAACUAAACUAACAGAAAUAAUCAGAGAGUAAAGAUCACACUCUGAUGAUAAUAAUCUGUUUUGGUCCAGUUAAAACUCUUUAAAGUUAGGAAACGCCGUUUAAACUUUCCAGUAAAGUUGUUCAGUGUUAUCACAGUUAAAGUUCUUCUGUGAUAAAAUCUGAUUUAAGGAAACAGGAUUUUAAAAGCUGAAACGAUAAGAAUGUGAAAGAAAAAGAGCAGAAUUAAAUGUGCAGCUAAAAUAUUCUUACUCUCUGGCCUUUUGGAGCUUUCAGCUGCAUCUCAUGAGCUUCCUCAGCAAAAAAAAAUGGCUCAGACUCAGACAAAUCAUCUGUGACCAGAACAUCCAGAGAUCAGUUUAUUUUUAAAUUAAUUCACAGUAAAGUUUAAACUGAUCAGGUUGAAGUUAAACAGUCGUCGUCUCAAACCAGACGCUGAGAGCGACUCGUCGUGUCUGAGCUCAGUUUGUGUUUCUGAUCUGAUGCAUGUUCACCUGUCUGUCUGUCUGUCUGUCUGUCUGUCUGUCUGUCAGUCUGUCUGUCUGUCACCUGUGCAGCUAAGCAGCAGCUCCACUAACCGUUUGCUCCAGGGCUCCUCGGCAGCAGCAGCAGGUAUUUCAUUCAUUUCUGAAAUCCACGUUUGCUUUUCAAAAUGAAGCUGCUUUGACCCUGUUGACCUCCGAAAGAAACUUUAUUCACUGUUAGAUCAAACUGAAACGUCACAGGUUCGAUUCCUGCCGCAGCCACGUGCCCUGGAGCAAAAACUCUAAAUAAAUUAAAUCAUCUGCAAACUCAUUUUACAUCCAGAGUGGAGUCAAAGUGAAAAGGUUUAGUUUUAUUUGACGUGAGAGUCGAGUGUUUGCUGAGUGAAGGAUCAGUGUGUGUGAGGAUGUUUCACUGCAGCAGAGAAAACAAACACCACUCUGUAUAUUUCAAUGCACUGGACUGCAGUUUAUUCACAGUUCAAUUUACAGGAAUUUGACUUUAACCUUGUUGUUUUAUUGGUUGAGCGGUUUCUGUCAGCGCAGAGCGGAGGAGUGUAUUUAAAAUAGAUUAUUGUGUUUGCUGUUGUAAUUUAUAUAUGGCUGUGAUCUCAGUUGUAAAUGUUUGUUUUUUUAAGAAAACACAAAAUAAAAUUCAGGGAUGAGCCCGAAGAA